AUGUGCAUGCCGUAUUUGGGCAAAUUGUUUGGCGGCGGCGAUCGCAGGCGCAACAAUGCAAUUGCCACGCCUCGGGGCAGUUUGGCUCCAACGCCGCAGCAAUCAAAUGCCUCAAUUCAGACGACAAACAUCAACAACAACAACAACAACACGACUAUGGCUGUGGUCAAGAAAGAUUCUGUGGCACCAAUGGAUAUCGCUGUGGCUGACAAUGUCCACGGCAGCAUGAGAAGCAACCUAAGUCCAGUUCAGGCUGCAGGUCCAGCUCCAAGUGCUGCCACAUCUGAUGCUGUGGAUAGUGAGGCAAGACCCUCAUCGUGGUUGGAAUACUUCGGAUACAAUAGGAAGAAAAAGGGUGACGUUAAUCCACCCAACGCAUCCAAUUAA